GCGGUCUGACGGAUCGACUGUCUCCCUGCUCAUAACCACUUAAGGAUAACUUGGUCUCUGCAACAUACCGGAACUCCGUUACAAUGCUGACAUGGCUGAUCUUUCUUGCUGUGUUGCUGAUAGUUCUUCGAUAUCGAUUUCCAUAUUUUCUAAAAGACUUACAAUACGGCGUUCAGACGACUCUAGUUGGGUAUCGGUUAGCUAAAUACGCACAGUCAAACCCGUACUUUACAUUAUUGGAUCGUUUUUUGGAAACGGUAAGUUGUCACCCUCAAAAGACUUUUAUUUCUUUCAAAGAUGAAAAUUUCUCCUAUCAGGAGACAGACCGGCAGAGCAAUCGGAUCGCUAGGGCGCUCCGGGAGCACGCUGGCGUCAGGCAGGGCGACACCGUCGCGCUUCUCCUGGGCAACGAGCCCGUUUUCCUGUGGACUUGGUUGGGCCUGACCAAGCUCGGGUGUUCUGCAGCGCUCCUCAACUACAACCUGAGGUCCAGAUCUCUCCUCCACUGUUUCUCCUGCUGCGGCGCCAAAGUGCUGCUCGCAGCUGCAGAGCUCAGAGAUGCGGUGGAGGAGGUGCUUCCUGUGCUGACAGAACAAGGGGUCACCGUCUUUCUCUUCACGGAGGUGUGUGAAACUGUUGGCAUGGAAACCCUCUCAGACAAGAUCAGCCUGGCGUCAGAUACCCCCCUGCCCUCUGACCUCAGGGCCAACGUGACCUUUUCCAGCCCCGCCGUGUACAUCUACACCUCCGGCACUACAGGCCUGCCCAAGGCUGCGGUGAUCAGUCAUCAGAGGCUGUGGACGAUGUCCUCCCUGCAGUCUAUUGUGGGCGUGUGCUCUGACGACGUUGUCUACGUGAACCUGCCUCUCUACCACACGGCCGGUUUUGCCCUUGGAUUCACCGGCGCCAUCGAACGAGGUGCAAGCCUCGUGCUGCGGAACAAGUUCUCUGCGUCGCAGUUCUGGGAUGACUGCAGGAAGUACAACGUGACGGUCAUGCAGUACAUCGGCGAGACCAUGCGCUACCUCUGCAACACUCCGAAGUCGCCCAUUGACCCGGUGCACAACGUGCGGAUCGCCUUUGGGAACGGCCUACGUGCGGAUGUGUGGCGGGACUUCCUGCAGCGCUUCGGCCACGUGGAGAUCCGAGAGCUGUACGCAGCCACCGAGGGCAACAUGAGCUUCAUCAACUACGCCGGCAAGAUCGGGGCAGUGGGCCGCGUCAACCCACUCCACAAGAGGCUGUUUCCGUUCGCCGUGAUCCAGUACGACCUGGAGAAGGAGGAGCCGGUCAGGAACGCAGAGGGCUUGUGCAUAGAGGCGCCCCGAGGUGAGACAGGACUGAUGGUGGCGCGCAUCACUCAGAAGGCACCGUUCUCGGGCUACGCCAGGGACCUGAAGCAGACGGAGCGGAAGAAGCUGCACGACGUGCUGGAGAAAGGAGACGUGUACUUCAACAGUGGAGAUCUACUCAUGGUCGACCACGACAACUUCCUCUACUUCCAGGAUCGCGUUGGAGACACAUUCAGGUGGAAGGGAGAGAAUGUGGCGACUAAUGAAAUCUCAGACAUCCUCACUAUGAUGUCAUCCAUCACAGAGGCCAAUGUGUAUGGCGUCAAAGUGCCAGGUCAUGAGGGCAGGGUCGGGAUGGCUGCGGUCACUCUACAGAAUGGAGAGGCGUUUGAUGGCAGCAGAGUCUUCAGCCACGUGUGCGCCUACCUGCCAGCCUACGCCCGACCACGCUUCAUCAGAAUCCAGAGCGCUCUGGAAGUCACCGGAACCUUCAAGCAGAUGAAGGUGAAGCUGGUGGAGGAAGGUUUCAGUCCAGACGCCGUGCGGGACCCUAUCCACUUCCUGGACGAGCGAGAGAAGCGCUAUAGCCCCCUCACAGCGGACAUGCACGCCGCCAUUCUGCAGGGCUCUGUUAAACUCUAACUGGCCAAUGGUCAGUCGGGACUCAAAAUCUCACUGGAAUAGCUGCUCUCUGCACUGAUAUAUAUGAUCCAUAUGCACAUCAACCCUUACACAAAAUCACUGCAGUUAUGGGACAGUUAUACUGCAAUUUUGCUGCAGAACAAAAGUAUUUUCAUGUCCAAAAUAUUUGUGCAGUAAAGUCAAGUGCAGUACUUUGUAGUGCAAUGCAGUUUUUUUCAUGUCCAAAAUAUUGCAUUUCCUGCAUAUGAACUACAAAUAAUUCCUCCAAUACUGCAGCCUUGACACUUGUGUGAGGGAAUGUUAUUUCUAGAAUGUGUAUUAGCCUACUGUCUGUGAAAUAAAACUGUAUUUUUAAUGAUUAA